CCUCCAGUCAUGUCGUCAAACAGAAUCCGGCCGGAAUAUGCACUUCUGCUGCUGUUGGGGCUGCUGGCGACGCUAAUCCCGUUGCAGCUGGCGGCACCAGUUACGACGGAUUCUGAUCCGGAUACGAGCUUGGAUUCGAAUUGGGAUCCGGCGGACACCACCAUAAGCCCGUAUACCGAGGAUUCAACCACCGUUUCUCAAGCUGAAACUGAAGUGGAUGGCCAACGCAUCGACUGCAAAUUGACUUUCGAUGCGGCGACAAUGGAGUCGUUAGGCUGCCACAAUAAAGCUGUGGUGCCCUCAGCGUCAGUGGGGGCGGAAUUGGGACCGGCACCGGGACCGGAUAGUGCGGCUAAUAAGCCAGAGGAUAUUGCACAGGAUCCAGAGGUCCUGCCAUUGCAAAUGCAACGCCACUUGAAAAGACCCGAUAGUCAGCCCAUCUAUGAAUUACAAUUGGUUGUUUGGCCCAGUGACAUUGAGGACGGUGAUGACUUUAGUCCGCCACUUGCCACCACCACUACCACCACCACCAGCACUAGUAGCACUACAAAAGCACCAACAACAACAACUACUGGCAGCACAACCACCACAAUUGGGACACCUAUUGAGCAAAUAUGGCCAUUGUAUGAGGAUCAAUUGGUCGUAUUCCCGCAAAUGGACUUUGAAGAGGAGAAUCUUGAUUAUUUCUUCGACGAUGUGGGACCAUCCAGCACCACCACACCACCACCGCCCACCACUCCCAGCUCUACCACAUGGCAUCCCACUGGCACGCCCACACCAACACCCAUUUAUGUUGUGCAAAAUUAUCACGUCAUCCAUCCCAAUGGCACUGAGGAGUACAAACUGGUAAUGAGCAAUGGUCUUGUAAACUAUAAGAAGAUCUACACGAAAACAGUCGGUGACCAGGUGGUUAAUGUCCAGGAGGGCUACAACUCUGUGCCGAUUCCCGGCCCCAGAAAUCAAAUCCAAACCCAAUACUUCAUUGCCGAUGAGCGUGGCUAUAAUGUCUAUAGAAUUGAAGUCAGCCCCCGGCAGUCGGGAUUGCCCAAAAAUUUGCAUUACAAAGCCACAAAAACGACCUAAAUGUGAGUGAAGUUGGCCAGGAUUUUCAAACUGACUGACACAGUGUCCUGAUUCGAAUCAUAUUUU